UAUGAACUAAAAAAAAAAAAAAAACUAUAAGAAAGAUGGAGAGUUUAAAAGAGUGUUCUUUAACAAGUAAGGAUGUUUCUCUACAAGAACUUAAACAAAGAUUGAAAGAGUUUGCUAGGGUUAGAGGUUGGGAACAAUACCAUAGUCCAAGGAAUCUAUUAUUGGCUCUUGUUGGAGAAGUGGGAGAGCUAUCAGAAAUAUUCCAAUGGAAGGGAGAAGUAGGAAGGGGAUUACCCAAUUGGAGUGCAGCUGAUAAGGAACAUUUGGAGGAUGAACUUUCAGAUGUUUUGCUCUAUUUAAUCCAACUUGCUGAUGUUUGUGGUCUUGAUUUAGGAAAAGCUGCUUUAACCAAGAUUAUCAAGAAUGCCAAAAAAUACCCCAUCAAUUUUCAAUAAACAAAUAUUAAUAAUUCACUUUUAUUCACUACCUAUAAAUUAAAUUGGAUUGGAGCUCUUUAUAUUAAUUUUUUAUCUUUAAUUUUCAAAUCCAAUUUGCUUCACUUGUACUUCUUUUGUUUUUUUAAUUAGAAUUAAUGUAGGCUAAAAUAAGAAAAUAGUUAAAAUGAAAAUCAUAUUAGUUCUGAAAAAUGGUAUUUAUUCUCCAAUCAAGACAAAACGUACUCGAUUUUCUCCCU